AUGGUCGAUAGAUUAAAAGACGACCCUCCGAUUUCCAUGGCAGAAAAUCUUUCCAUCGUGGCUGAUGUAUCUCUUGACGGUUCUUUAUAUUCCGAAGAAAAUGCAUGUGCUGCCGAUCUGGAUGGAGGGCCAUGCUUUUCGGGCAACAUGGGAGGUGGCUGUGGUAUUGAAUCAGAAAGAGGUUUAACUGGAGAUGUGCUUGGCAUUCUGGGUGGAGCGGGGGCCAUGCUUGGCAUUCUGGGUGGAGCGGGGGCCAUGCUUGGUAUCUUGGGUGGAGCGGGGGCCAUGCUUGGCAUCUUGGGUGGAGCAGGGGGUGGAGGCUGCGAAGGCAUUUUCUUUUCCAUUUUAGGCAAUACUUUCGAAGUUUCAGACCCGACUUUACGAAGGGUUGGCAUUCCGCCUUGGAAUAGUCCGCCAAGAGAAACAGGUGGGUGGUCUUCAAUGAUACUGUUUCCAGCAGAAGCUAUGCUGCUGGAAUUGGAGGCAACUGCGGAUCCAAUGGCUACUGUUGCCCCUUCAACAAUCGGAGCAGACCUGUCAUUCGUUUUUGUCUUUUUUAAUGAUUUUCCUUUUUCAAUUGACUUCAAAAGGGAACUAUUCAUUUUUGAAAAAAUGAAAAAAGACACUUAUGCCAUUUUAAUAAAAACAUCAUUGUUCUUGCACUUUAUCGUUCUCAAUCUCUUCAUUGUCACCUGCUUGUUUGCUGCGGCUACGUUUUCUUCUGCAGCAGAGGCUGAUAUCCAUAACUUCCAAUCUAAUGCCAAAGAUCUUCUUUCCAUAUUUAGCAGAUCAAUCUACAAGAAGCCAUCAGAUUUCAUUAGGGAGCUCCUUUCCAAUGCUGCAGAUGCCCUUAACAUUAAAAGAUUGUCAUCACUUACUCUUGGCGGAGGCUCCACCGAAGAAUACAAAGUUUCGGUGAUUUGCAACCCCAUCAAGAAGGAAUUGAUGUUCAUUGACACGGGAUGUGGUAUGGACGACGUAGAUAUGCGAGCAAAUCUUGGCACCUUUGCCAAAUCGGGAACCAAAGAAAAAAUGCAACAAAUAAAGGCAACAAAUUCCUCGACCCAUUCAGAGCUUAUUGGUCAAUUUGGACUUGGGUUCUAUUCUGCAUUUAUUGUUGCGGACACGGUUACUGUUGUUUCUAAAAAGCACUCUUCUGACGGUACAGCGCACAAAAAAUAUGUGUGGAAUUGCAAUAUUAACGAUGGAAAUUAUACGAUUAAAGAGAUUAAAGACGAUGACCCCUUGGAGCGAUCGUUUCCCAUCUCUAGUGGCACCAAGGUCAUCCUCCACAUUUCCGACGAAAGAUUGUUGAGAGACAUUUCAGAUGAACUUGCUGAUGAUGAGCAGGAAAAGCUUGACUUUCUUGAUCCCGAUUAUUUGAAAGAACUUAUCAUCGAGUAUUCUCAGUAUAUCUCAUACCCAAUCUAUUUGGUUUACAACAAAACAGUUACUUCUGAGGUUCCAUUGGACGUGGAAGAAGAAAAACCCUCAACACAUGAUGAGGAGAUUAAAGUUGAAGAAGAGGACGAUGAGUCAAAGGCCAAAAAGACCACCAAAACCGUCACAUCUGAAGAAGUUGUCACGGAAAAGCCUAUUUGGGCCGAUUCUUCCUCAAGUGUCACUGCUGAGCAGUAUAACACCUUUUACAAGACCACAUUUAAGGAAUCCUCUGAUCCCAUAAUACAUCAAAGAGGAUCUGGUAGCAUUUCGUUGAAAACAUCGGUGGACUUCCAAUACCUCAUUUACAUUCCAAAGACACCCUCAUUUCAGCCAUUUUCUGGCGAAGACAUCCCCAAGUUUCUCAAGCUUUAUGUGAAGAGAGUGUUUGUCACCGAUGAGUUUGGCGAAAUGUUUCCCAGAUACUUGUCAUUUAUUAGGGGGGUCGUUGAUGUAGAGGAUCUUCCAUUGAACGUGUCUCGUGAAAGUUUACAAGACCUUACGGCGCUCAAAUCGGUCUUCAAAUAUCUUGCUAACAAAGUGGUUGGGCUUAUUCACAGUCUGUCAAAGAACAUCACGGCGUACGAGCCGUUUUAUAAGCAAUAUUCUGGCCACAUCAAGCUGGGUAUCAUUGUUGAGAAGGAUCAAAAACGCAAGGAUUCCCUGGUGCCUUUGUUGCACUUUAAGUCGUCCCAUAAUGUUAGCGGUGUCUUUCUGGAUGAAUAUAUCUCAAGAAUGCCAGAAAUGCAGACCGAAAUAUACUUUGUCACCGGCAGUUCGGUCAAAGAAAUGCGAAAGCUUCCCCAAAUUGAGAUGGCCAUAAAGAAGGGCUAUGAAGUGCUGUAUUUGGAUGAGUCCUUUGACGAAUACUUGGUCCAGGCCACUCCCACCUAUAAAGGAAAAGUUCUCCGCAAUCUUGCCAAAUCGGGCGUCAAUCUUUCUGACGAGUCUGAAAAGCAGAAGCUAGAAGAAGCUCAAAAGAGGUUCAAGCCAUUGACUGCUCAUAUGCAGAAGCUUUUUGCAUCCACCAUCGAAAAGGUGGUUGUAUCCGGUAAUCUCGACCGUUCUCCCGUUGCCAUUAGUGCCUCUGCCAAUGGAAUUUCUCCGCAAAUGGAAAAGCUUUUAAAGGCAAACAAGAACGAUUUUAUGGCCCAAUACUAUUUGGGGCAAAAAAAGAUUCUUGAGAUCAAUCCGGAGCAUCCUUUAAUCCAGUCAAUGUUGGAUGAUGUCGUUUCCGCCUCAGAGCCCGUCGAAGAGUCGGACAAGAAUAUGAAGUUGCUCUACUACUCCGCCCUCUUGCAUUCCGGGUACGAAAUAUCCAAUCCUGCCGAGUUUUCCCAGGCAAUUGAAGACAUGCUGCGUUCCAAAUAUGGACUGAGCUCUACAAGCAAACGUGAGGAAACCCAGGAGGAUUUAUUUUCUCAAAAGGAAAAUCCCAUGUUUUCGUUCCCAAAUAUGGAGGAUUUUGGCUUAAAUUCGGAAGAGGCCGCAGAAGCCAACCUUGACGAGAAAAUGGCUGCUGAGUAUG